ACUUUCUUUGUCUUUUUAACCCUAAUAUUUCCCAAAGAUUUUAUUCCGGCAAAACCACAACGAUUAGCUUCUAUCUUAAAAUCGCAUCAAAACCUCUCAACAGAAGGAGCAAGAAAUGGGAAGACCACCUUGCUGUGAAAAGGUUGGAGUGAAGAAAGGGCCAUGGACACCAGAGGAAGAUAUCAUCUUGGUUUCUUACAUUCAAGAACAUGGUCCUGGAAACUGGAGAUCUGUCCCUACUAAUACAGGACUGAGGAGAUGUAGCAAGAGCUGCAGAUUGAGAUGGACUAAUUAUCUUCGACCCGGUAUUAAGCGUGGAAACUUCACUGAGCAUGAAGAGAAGACGAUUGUUCAUCUUCAAGCUCUUUUAGGCAACAGAUGGGCAGCCAUAGCAUCAUACCUUCCUGAAAGGACGGACAAUGAUAUAAAGAACUAUUGGAACACCCACUUGAAGAAGAAGCUCAAAAAGAUUAAUGAAUCUGGUGAAGAAGACAAUGAUGGCGGCGUCUCUUCAUCAACCACUAGUUCACAAAAGCAUCAUCAAAGCACUAACAAAGGUCAAUGGGAGAGAAGACUUCAGACAGAUAUCAACAUGGCAAAACAAGCUCUUUGUGAGGCUUUGUCUUUGGACAAACCAUCAUCAACUCUUUCGCCAUCAUCAUCAUCAUCAUUACCGACACCAGCUAUCACACCACAGAACACCCCUACCUUCUCAUCAGCUUUGCUAGACCGUUGUUAUGAUCCAUCGUCUUCUUCGUCCUCUACCACAACCACAGCCACCACUACAAGCAACACCACUAAUCCAUACCCAUCAGGGGUGUAUGCGUCAAGCGCUGAGAACAUCGCUCGGUUGCUUCAGGACUUCAUGAAAGACACACCAAAGGCUUUAACUCUAUCAUCUUCAUCUCCGGUUUCAGAGACCGGACCACUCGCUGCUGCAGUUUCGGAAGAAGGUGGAGAAGGGUUUGAACAUUCUUUCUUCAGCUUCAAUUCGAUAGAAGAAACUCAAAAUUUGACUCAGGAGACAAGCUUCUUCCAUGGUCAAGAGAUCAAGCCGGAAAUAAUAAUGGACCAAGAUCAGGGUUUAAUAUCACAAGGGUCUUUGUCUUUGUUGGAGAAAUGGUUAUUUGAUGAGCAAAGCCACGACAUGGUUGGUAUGUCACUAGAAGGACAAGUUGCGAUGUUCUAGACUUCUAGUUCUAGAACACUAGAACUCUACAAAGUGGGAUCAUUCAAAUUGAGGGCUUAAUUAGUCAUGAGUUAAACAAAUAAUAUAGAGUUAUAGCCUAUAAUAUAUGUGUUUAUCCUUGCAUUAGGGUUUUAGAGUCUUUAGUAGCUAGCUUUUAGCUCUACAACACUCUUUUCCCCUUUUGGUGUUAUAAUCUUUCUCGUUUUCUAUAUAUGUAGCAGAACGUAACACAAAGUGUUCAGCAUCUUUAUAAAUGUAAUGUGUUGCACUUUGUGGCUCAUAUGGUUAUACAAAUGUCUUCUAAUGUUACUGAUUA